AUGGCCGCGGCACGCGUCGUCACCGCGGCCCCGCGGGUCGCGCGGACGUUCCUCCGCCGCGGAUGUAAGCCCGCGCCGCGCGCGUCGCGCUCGUUCGCCGUCGCCGUCGCCGCGUCGUCGUCGUCGUCGUCGUCGUCGUCGUCGUCCCCCGACGGCACCACCCUGACGAUCGCCACCCCGGACGACUGGCAUCUCCACGUGCGAGACGGGGCGAAGAUCCCCUCGGUGGUGCCGUUCACCGCGCGAUCCUUCGCGCGAGCGCUGAUCAUGCCGAACCUCGUCCCGCCGGUUCGCACCGUGGACGACGCGAGGAAGUACCGCGAUCUGAUCCUCGCCGCGGUCCCCGACGGCGUCGGCUUCGAACCGCAGAUGACGCUGUAUCUCACGGACAACACGUCCCCGGAGGAGAUCGCGGCGGCGCACGCGUCCGGGUUCGUGCGCGGAUGCAAGCUGUACCCCGCGGGCGCGACGACGAACUCGGACGCGGGCGUCACGGACGUGAAGAAGUGCGCGGCCGCGCUGGAGGCGAUGGCGGACUUGGGGCUCGUGCUCGAGGUGCACGGCGAGGUCACGCACGGGAGCGUAGACAUGUUCGAUCGCGAGCGCGUCUUUCUCGAUGAAGUCUUGGGCGGCGUCGUCGCGGCGCAUCCGCGCCUGAAGAUCGUCAUGGAGCACAUCACGACCGCGGAGGCGGUGGAUUUUUGCAACGCCGCGGGAGAUAACGUCGCGGCGACGAUCACGCCGCAGCACAUCUUGUUAAACCGGAACGCGAUGCUCGUCGGCGGGAUCCGGCCGCACCUGUACUGCCUCCCGAUUUUAAAACGCGAGAAACACCGCGCGGCGGUGAUCGCCGCCGCUACGAGCGGCUCGAAAAAGUUCUUCCUCGGGACGGACAGCGCGCCGCACCCGCGCGGGGCGAAAGAGAGCGCGUGCGGCUGCGCCGGGGUCUUCAGCGCGCACGCGGCGCUGCCGUUCUACGCGAUGGCGUUCGAGAAGGAGGGGAAGUUGGAUACGUUGGAGCAUUUCGCGUCGCACGCGGGGGCGGAUUUUUACGGCGUCGAGAGAAACGCCGGCACGGUGACGUUGAAGAGGGAGGACUGGCAGGUGCCGGAGACGUACGAGUUCGGCGGCGACGUCGUCGUUCCGUUCUAUGCGGGCGAAGUCUUGCCGUGGAAGGUGGUCGCGGAGGCGUGAGUGCGCGCGAGUACGCGUGGCGGCGGGCGUUUACGUUUCGCCGAAUGACCCAUCGAUUACAGUCUGGUAGAUCAAAUCUCGAGCAUCACGUU